AUGUCCUCCUGGCAACCCGCCCCCGAAUCGUUGCAGCAGCUUGCAACAUGCCUCAAAGACUCUCUCAGCGGUUUCGAUAAGUCUGCUCAGAAGCAGGCUGACUUGAUGCUUCAGCAAGCCAAGAAUUCGCCUGACAUCAACAACUACCUUGCCUUCCUCUUCUCGAGCUCUUCACCUCCCAAUGGCCUCCAAUUCUCAGAGCAGGACUUCCACCUGGUGCGGUCCGCCGCCGGUAUCAUGCUCAAGAACAACGUUCGAAGCGAAUGGAAGAGCAUUCCCGAAGACAGCCUUCAACUCAUCAAACUCGCCGUGCCCAUCUGUCUGCAAGAUAAAAACUCCCAGAUCCGCAACUUCGCUGGAAACAUUGCGACCGAGAUCGUCAAGCGCGGGAGUUUGCUAAGCUGGCCUGAGUUGCUCCCUCAGCUGCUUGAUUUGGUUGGCAACUCUUCAGGACAGACUUCGAACGAGGCCCAGGAGGGUGCUAUGUCUGCCCUGGCCAAGAUCUGUGAGGACAACUACCGUCAGUUGAUCAAGGAGGUCAAUGGUCAGCGCCCUCUCAACUACGUUCUUCCCCAGUUCAUCGCGGCUACUAAGAGUCAGCUGCCCAAAGUCAGAGCUGGUGCUCUGACAGCUAUUAAUGUUUUUACGCCUCGGGAGUCUCAGGCGAUGCUUAAUUCUAUUGAUGAUCUCCUCCAGCACCUGUUCAUCCUGGCCGGCGAUAACAACGUCGACGUCCGACGACAGGUCUGCCGUGCCUUUGUUCACCUCGUCGAGACUCGCCCCGACAAGCUCCAGCCACACAUCAGCGGUCUUGUCGACUACAUCAUAACUCAGCAGAAGGGCGACGACGAAGAGUUGGCAUGCGAAGCUGCCGAGUUUUGGCUGGCUGUGGGCGAACACGAUAACCUGUGGAGGGCAUUGGAGCCUUACAUCCACAAGAUCAUCCCUGUCCUUCUCGAAUGCAUGGUGUACAGUGGUGAGGAUAUUGCUCUCCUUGGAGGUGCUUCUGAUGACGAGGAGGAGGAGGAUCGCGAAGAGGAUAUUCGCCCUGCAUUUGCCAAGAAGGCUCUCCAACGAAAGGCCAACGGAGAAGUUGGCGAGAACGCCGAUCAGCCUCAAAACGGAGGCUUCGAGAAGCUUGGCGGCAUGGAUGAUGAUCUUGAGGAGGGUGAAGUCGACGACUACGAUGACGGCGAUGAUGCCAACCCCGACGAGAGAUGGACCAUCCGCAAGUGCUCCGCCGCCGCUCUCGAUGUUUUCGCCCGCGACUUCCAGGCGCCAGUCUUCGAGGCCAUCUUCCCCUAUCUGUCACAGCAUCUGAAGCACGAUGAGUGGCCUCAACGAGAGGCUGCCGUUCUGGCCCUGGGCGCCGUUGCCGAUGGAUGUAUGGACGUUGUUGUCCCUCAUCUGCCUGAGCUUGUGCCUUACCUCAUCUCCCUGCUCGAGGACAACGAACCCGUUGUACGACAGAUUACCUGCUGGACCCUGGGUCGGUACUCUCAAUGGGCCGCGACAUUGGAGGAUAAGGAUAAGGACCAAUUUUUCCUUCCUCUGAUGGACGGUAUCCUUCGCCAUAUGUUGGACAAGAACAAGAAGGUUCAAGAAGCAGCUGCUUCUGCUUUUGCCAACCUCGAGGAUAAGGCAGGAAAGAUCCUCGAGCCUUACUGCGGUCCCAUCAUUCAGCAAUUCGUUCUCUGUUUUGCCAAGUACAAGGACCGAAACAUGUACAUCCUUUACGACUGUGUACAGACUUUGGCAGAGCAUAUCGGACCUGUCCUGGCCACACCUGAUCUGUCGAGUAAGCUUAUGCCUGCCUUGAUCAAUCGAUACAACCACGUGUCGGAUCAAUCACGGGAGCUGUUCCCUCUGUUAGAGUGCCUCUCUUAUGUGGCGAUGGCACUCGGAGAUGCGUUCGCUUCCUACGCUGAGCCGAUCUUCCUGCGAUGUGUUAACAUUAUUCACAUGAACCUGGAGCAAACGUUGGCAGCUGCUAACAACCCGGUGCUCGACCUGCCUGAUAAGGAUUUCCUUGUCACAAGUCUGGACCUGCUCAGUGCUAUCAUUCAGGCUCUUAACGACGACAAGUCUACCGUCUUGGUCAAGAGCUCUCAGCAAUCUUUCUUCGAGCUUCUCAGCUUGUGUAUGGAAGACCCUACUGAUGAGGUCCGCCAGUCUGCCUAUGCAUUGUUGGGAGAUUGCGCCAGAUAUGUUUAUUCUCUACUGCAACAGUAUCUCCCCACGAUUCUUCCCAUCUUGCUCAAGCAGCUUGAUAUGGACAGCGUUCUCGAUGAGGAUAUGGACAGUGGCUUCGGCGUCGUCAACAACGCAUGCUGGUCAGUUGGUGAAAUUUCCAUGCAACACAAGGAGAACAUGGGCCCCUGGGUUCAAGAGCUUCUCCAGCGAUUCGUUGAGAUUAUGACCAACCCCCGCGUUCCCAAGGCUCUUAAUGAGAAUGCCGCGAUGGCCCUGGGUAGACUUGGUCUGGACAACUCUGAACAACUGGGACCACACCUGUCCACUUUUGCUGAGGAAUGGAUCAGCAUCAUGAGUGAGGUCGAGGCUACUGAGGAGAAGGCGACAGCUUUCAAGGGAUUCUCCAUGAUUGUAGGACGAAACCCUCAGGCUAUGGAGAAGGAGUUGCUCAACUACUUCACUGCCAUCGCUAGAUAUCGUGAUAUGAGUCUGAAGAGUCCAGUCAGACAAGAACUGCACGAUGUCUUCCAGAAGGUUAUCGAUAUUUACAAGCAAAUGAUUCCCGAGUUUUCCAGCUUUAUUGGUCAGUUGCAGCAGCGUGACCGACAAGCUUUGGAGCAACACUACUCGCUCUCAUAG